ACAUAGUUCCGUCAAGUCUUCGCUGCAUUUUCAUCGCAUUUUUGGAAAGUUGAUUUUCAUUUUAAUUGCGGUGUGGAAGAAAUCGGUUUUUUAAGAGAUUUUAGCUGAGAUUUUAUAUUUAAUAACUCAAAAUGUUCAAAUCAUUGUUUUCUGUUGUAAUCUUACUGGCAUUGUCAAAUAUCUGCCUUUCUGAUGAUGAGACCAGCGCUCGUUUACUAAUUUCCAAACAAAUUCUUAACAAGUAUUUAGUGGAAAAGAGUGAUCUACUUGUGCGAUACACAAUUUAUAACGUUGGAAAUGGUGCCGCUACCAAUGUGAAAUUGGUCGACAAUGGUUUCCCCUCAGAAGCCUUCGAUGUAGUUGGAGGUCAACCAACUGCAACCAUUGAACGUAUCGCUCCACAAGCCAACUAUACCCAUGUAUUAGUGGUGCGUCCAAAAGCAUAUGGAUAUUUCAAUUUCACAGCCGCUGAAAUUUCGUACAAACCUGUCGAGGAAGCCGAAGAGUUGCAAUUGGCUGUAAGCUCCGAGCCUGGUCAAGGUGGAAUUAUAAAUCUGGCUGAAUUCAACAAACGCUUCUCAUCACACUUCUUUGAUUGGGUUGCUUUCGCUAUAAUGACUUUGCCUUCCCUAGCAAUUCCAUUGGCACUGUGGCACUCGUCAAAGAGCAAGUAUGAACGCUACGGCAAAAACAAAAAACACUAAAUGUAAAUUAUAAUAGACUUUUAAGCAAUAUCGCUAAAACAUCAAAUUGAUCAAUAUGAGUCCCAAACGAUUCAAUAAUUAAUAUCGCCCAAUAUAUUAACGAAAGUGCGUAAUGUGAGCGUUGCAAGUUUUAUUCUUUUGUCUUGUGCGAAAGGAUUUUCCUUGAAAUAUUUUGUCGAAAACGCUUACUGACGCCAAGUUCAAACACAAACUCAAUGUUAAAAUCGUUUUAGAUUUAUUUGAAAACCAUAAAAGUCGAAGAGUUCUGGACGAAAUAGCUUAAUACGACAUAUGUCCAAACACGUUUUCUAAUAAAAAAUAUAUAAAAACUGU